CAUACGACGUGUCGUCUUUAUGAUUGUUCGUUCUUUCAAUCUCAUCUUUGAGAAUAUGCAGACGACAAUCGCACUCUUGGUAGCCAUGAACGAAGAUGAGCCAAAGUCUCAGAGCUUCAGAUGCUAAGAAUUUCUCUGUUUCCUAAUUUUCCUUCCAUUUGAAAUCCCUAGGGAUUGAGUUUCUUGUAAUUUUGUUUAUAGUUGAUGAAAUCGGGAGGAGUUUGACCUAUUUCGAUCAUUUUCUCUGCGUCUAACCUAAUUUGUUUGUGGUUGACUUGGAAUUGUUGAAGAUGUUUUGGUUUCGAUCCGGUGGUUUUGCUGCAUGAAUUGGACGACGGAAGGUUUGGGUGCGGAUCGAGCGCUUAGAGAGUAAGGAAGCUGAGCAGCGGCGCUGAAACAUGUCUGCCAUAGUGUGCGGGAAGAGAUCCUUAUUUGAAGACCUACCUACACCUCCCGUCUCUAAGAGAAUUCGUUGUUCGUCUUCUUCGCCUGUGAGGUUUUCGCCUCCGAGGUCAUCGAAUCAGUCUGCUUUUCCGUUUCCUCCGACGUCGUCUUCGCAAUCGGCUCAUUUAGUCGAUUAUCUUAGCGCAAUUUUUCCUGAUAUGGAUAAGCAGCUUCUAGAGAGAGCACUUGAAGAAAGUGGUGAUGAUCUAGACUUAGCCAUCAGAAGUUUGAACCAGCUUCAUUUAGGAUAUAAUGACAGAAAUUUGGGAAGCGCUUCAAACACCUCCGAUGUUGCUUUGGAAGCAAAUAUUCAACCUCAAUCCCAAGCAGAAACGCAAGGAGAAGCUGCAAUUGCUGAGGAAGCAACAGCUUCUGAGAAUCUUCCCACAAAUGGGGCAGAAUGGGUGGAACUCUUCGUGAGAGAAAUGACAAGUGCCUCGAAUAUGGACGAUGCACGAAGUCGUGCUUCAAGAGUUCUCGAGGUUCUGGAAAAAUCCAUCUGUGCCCGCGCAAAUGCCGAGGCAACAAAUAAUUUUCAGCAGGAAAACAAGAUGCUUAGAGAACAAGUGGAAGCACUUAUUCAGGAGAACACAAUUCUCAAAAGGGCUGUCUCGAUUCAGCACGAACGUCAGAAAGAAUACGAAGGCAGGAACCAGGAGUUACAACAUCUUAAGGAAUUAGUCGCUCAAUAUCAGGAACAGUUGAAAACCCUGGAGGUGAAUAACUAUGCACUUACAAUGCAUCUCAAGCAAGCUCAACAAAGCAGCUCCAUUCCAGGGCGUUUCCACCCUGACGUUUUCUAAUUAGGGCGUUUCCACAUCGUAACUCUGGUAAACUCGACACUCCGAUGACUUAUGCCCUAUCGAAAACAGUAAGACAUUCAACCCGAAGGUUCCUCUUUAUGUUAUCUAUAUCGUAUAAAAGAGUCUAGGCAUCUACUUUUCCAUCCAUCAGCACAGGGAUUCAUUCCUUUUCUUUUCUUUUUGUUAUGAAUUGAUUCUCAUGGAUAUUUAUUUGUGUUUUCAUUACCUGAUUAUAAUUCGAAGCUGAUCUGAAUACAGAGAAUGGAAAUUUCUACUACUUUUUACA